ACCCCUGGAGUGCUUAUUAGCACGGCCGUGCUGUCGCUUUCAUGGCUGCUCUUACUUUGGCGAUGGUUGCGGGAAAGCCCCCCACCAGGUACCCGGCUGCCUCCCGCAGUCCCUGGGGCCUCGCUGACUGGACACCAGGAAAUGCACAAAGCUGACUUCCAUUGCUCCACAGCCAUAAAAUGGGCACAGGAAUAUGGACCCGUGUAUCGAUCUUGGAACCAUGAAUGGUGAUACCUGGAAGCUCAACCGACGAUUCUGCAUGCACACCCUCCGAGAUUUCGGCAUGGGCAAGUCCUACGCAAUGAAAGACAUCGUGGAGGAGUUCCAGUGGGCCUGCAAUCAGAUCGCUAAGGCAGAAGGGGAAGCCAUUGCCUUAUACGACUACAUCACGGCUUGCGCCUACAACAAUAUAUUGGCCAUAAUCUUCGGACGCCGCUUUCCGUACGACCAUCCCGCGUGCGCCGAUAUCAACCGGCUUGUCAAUGGCUGGCUGGCAGCUGUGCGAUUCAGCCGCCGCGAUCUGUAUAAUCCAGGCUUCGUCACGGCGAUUACGAAGAGAGUUCGCGGCACAACAGUCAACCUCGCCAGACGCAAAGUGGACGACUUGGGUCGCUACAUUUACGACCGGAUAAUUGAACACAAGGCCACGGCGGAAAGCGGUGUAAACCGGGACUUUGUCGACGCAUACCUGAGGAAAAUAGAAGGCAGCGAUGAUGUGUCCAAAUCACAUUUCGCAGUGGAGAAGCUAGCUGGCGUGGUGAUCAGCUUCCUCGCUGGUACUACAAGCGCCGCCGGUACCAUCCACUGGCACCUGGUUAAGCACGCUAUGGAACCUGACACACUGCAAGCGAGGGUGCAGCGUGAAAUUGAUGAAGUGAUCGGCCGAGACCGGCGACCAACGUGGGAGGACCGACUGCGCAUGCCCUUCACCAUGGCCAGCAUGUGGGAGAUGGACCGCUGGAAAACAAGCAUCCCGCUGGGUGUACCAAGAGAAGCCUCUGAAGACGCCGUCGUGGAUGACUUCUUCAUUCCGAAAGGCACAGUGAUCAUGGCCAAUUUCUGGGCCGCGCACUUCGACCCCAAGGUUUGGAGGGACCCUUACAAGUUCGACCCCAUUCGUUUUUUGAACAAGGACGGAACACUCAUGGCUCGCAAACCUGAAUGCCUCCUUCCAUUUUCCGUAGGACAGCGCAGCUGCCCAGGUGAGACCCUGGCCACUGUAGAAAUCUUCCUGGGCGUCACGUCACUCCUCCAACAAUUCCGCGUUCUGCCCGCCGGCAAGAUACCUUUCGACAUCAACAGUCCUUCCAUAACGUCUGGUCACGUACGACACCUCAAGCUGCAAUUCCUAGACCGGGGCCAGGGUCUGUAA